CACUGAGCCAAACCUGCCUGCGCCCUGUACGGCCCGCCAGGCAGUGAUGAAGGUUCUUUUGCUGAAGGACGCUAAGGAGGAGGGCGGCCAGGACCCGUACGUCAGGGAGUUAGGAUUGCGCGGACUGGAAGCCACUCUGAUCCCUGUUUUGUCAUUUGAGUUUCUGUCUCUUCCCACUUUCUGGGAGAAGCUGUCGCGUCCAGAAGGCUACGGAGGGCUCAUUUUCACCAGCCCCAGGGCAGUGGAAGCCGUGGAGCUGAGCCUGGAGCAGGACGGGAAAAGCGAAGUCUGGAAAAAGUCUCUGAGAGAAGCAUGGAGCGCUAAGCCGGUGUAUGUGGUUGGAAACGCCACGGCUUCUCUAGUGAAGAAACUUGGCCUGGAAGCCGAAGGAGAAAGCAGUGGGAAUGCCGAGAAGCUCGCGGAAUGUAUCUGUUCCAGGGAGCCACCUGCACUGCCUCUGCUGUUUCCCUGUGGAGCCCUCAAGGGAGAAGUGCUGCCGCAGAUGCUCAAGGACAAAGGGAUUCCCAUGGAAAGCAUCAUUGUCUAUCGGAAGAUCCCCCACCCGGGAAUCCAAGUGAACCUGGACAGCUACUACUCCAAGCAGGGCAUCCCGGCCAGCAUCGCCUUUUUCAGCCCCUCUGGCCUCACCUACAGCCUCGAGCACAUCCGGGAGCUCUCUGGAAGCAGCAUCGAGCAGAUCAAGUUCGCAGCCAUCGGCCCCACCACCGCGCGCGCCCUGGCCGCCCAGGGCCUGCCCGUGAGCUGCACUGCCAAGAGCCCCACGCCGCAAGCCCUGGCCGCAGGCAUCCGGACGGCGCUCCAGCCUCACAGCAGCUGAGGCGGCCAGCCCGGCCUUCCUGUGGGCCAAGGACAGCGGGGGCUGCCUGCAGGGGGUGAGGACCCACCCUCCAGCGCCUGCCUCGUGCCUGAGGGGAACCACCAGGCACCAGCGAUCGGGAGGGGACCUGGAGCUGGCACUUUCCUCCACCAAGGCUCCUCGGACCCUCACCCAGCGCGUGCCGGCUCGCAGGCCCUGUCAGAGCGCUUCCGCCAGCAGCAGGAGAAAUCCCAUGAACCACACUGGCCCCCGUGGGCCUGGGCGGGACUGGCUGUGCAGCUUCCAGGGAAGGUGGUGUUUGGGGGAGGACAGAUGUGCCCACGUCUGAAACCAACAAGCCUGUGUGAGUGAAGUCUGUGUGUGUGAAGUAGUUCUGUUCAUCCUACAAAAAGGGCCUGAAGUGCCGCCCUGGGAGCGGGAAAUGGUAAGUCAAACACAGAGCCUUCCUUCAAAAGUGGAAGCGCAGCCUAGUCCGCCAGGCAGGGAGCCCCACCCGCCUCCGUUUCCUGGAAUCAGAUGUAAGAGCUGCAGCUCCAGCAGCCCUUUGGGGCCCUGGGUGACCUUGAGAAAGGAGGCUCAGUACGGCAAGGGGACACGUGGAUGCUAACCAGCCUGCCCUGGACUUCCUGAAUAGAAGAGAAAUGUGAACUCCUGCUCUGUUUAAA